CGAACGGAUCACUUGUAUAAUCACUGCUGCAAAGGAGGAAAUGAUGAAGUGGAGUAUUGUUUUGGGGGUUUUCUUGCUUUGUUUUCUUGCUAAUAAUCUCAGCGGUGCCAGAUCCAUUCCUGAAGGGGUGCCCUAUGAACGGCCACCGGCUGUGCCCUACUGGUCAUAUUCCACCUCAGAUUUCUGGAACUAUGUGGAAUACUUCCGCAACAUUGGGGCCUACGACCAGAUCAAUGAAAUGGCCAGAACAUUCUUCGCCCAUCAGCAUCUGGGAGACACGCUGGGUUAUGAAGUGGCAGAGCAACAUGAACACUAAUUGGAUGUUAUUAGUUCAUCACUCAUAUUUUAGUUUGUGUUAUUAGAAACUAAUGAUAAUUUACUAAAUAUAACUAAACACCAUUUAUAGCCCUAUAAUAAAGAGUGUUGUGCCGUAUCCUUAAAUGUAUUACUACUAAU